UUGGCCGCGUGGUAAGCCCGACCUAAGCAUGGCCAUGUUCACGGCGGAGGAGCAACACUCUCCUGGCCCUGCCCUUCCCGGCGGCCGCUACCCCGGCGAUCCGCUCAGCCUCGAGCUCCCCUCAGAUCCUGGUCCCACGCCCCAGCGUCCCCAUGAUACACGCGAGGAGGAGGAGGAGGAAGAAGAGGGGGAGCCUCUCGACAUUAGUAUACGUGUGACUACCUGCUGGGCACUUCAGAGCCACCUCUCAUCCGCUGGGGAGAGUUCGACAUCGAUGAUCCUGAGUAUACAAGCGAGGACGACGAGCAUGCACUGGCGACGGACGACGAGGAGACAAAUUGCCCAGGGAAGAACUUCCCCAGGAAAGAAGCAAGCUAAAUCAACGCUUGGAUACCGUGAUCCGGGAAAGAUGAUACAGAUCUUUGGACUGAAGGUAACUUGUUCUGAGCCCUAUCCGGUCAGUGUCUAUGGAGUAGUUGCUGUCCGGGAUGACUUGGAGCCACUACGAAAUCCUGUCUUUAACCGUCCCUGCAGAGACGACGCUCUCGUGAUUCACCAGGAUUCCCUUGCAUUGCCUCUUUGUAGCCCUUGCCGUGGAAUGUACAUAUGGGAUAAGGCAUUACUAGAAGUUGAUCUUUGGGAAAAGUGCGAAGGAGAUGGAUCAUCCGACAAGCGAUUACUUCUUGCGCAUGCUGAGAUUGAGGGGCAGUAUGACUUAGAUUUGAUGAUAGAUGGGCAGAUAACAGGCGACCGUUGCAGCCUGGUCAUGGACUACCUGUUGCUUGCAGGGAGUGUGGAGGUUGUCAUACAGGUCUUUGCAAAGGUUGAGCACCCUCAUCAUCUGCGAUUCGCCGCAUUCAUCAGUGGCUUUGCUCAUGAGAUUGUGCUGUUUGAUGGCAAAUUCUCUGGUGACGAGAAGCUGCUCCAGCAUGUCGUCGCAGUGAAGGCCAAGGGAAAACUGGAUGUUUGCUUGGAACUGGAGGAAUCGCUGUUUUGGUGGACUUUUGAGCAAGGAGCUGUUGGAGCUGUUAGGUCUCCUGACAAUUCGGUCUUGAAGUAUGGCCAGUUCGAUGUGAGGGUGCUUUUUGCUCCCAAGGACUUCACUGUGGUUGGCUGAUACCUGAAGGGAAGUGACAAAGAUGCCCCAUUCUGUAAUAUCCGUGUUUUAUCUUCUACUGUAUAUCGGUUGGAAUUUGAAUUCCGUUUGUAAGCUCUCAUAUGGCAGAACAACAGACGUUUGACGGUUUGAGGUCUUAAUCAGCGGUUUAAAUAUGUUCCAACUGCAACAGAAGAAGUUCGAGGCCUGCCAUGUGUGGUCUCUAAAUAAUGUUAGAACUGCUUAUAUGCAUGCAAACUGUUAUGGGGUUGGUAGUAUGUUUUGAGCUCUUAUAUUUUAUUAAAUAUGUUCCAACUGCAACAGAA